GGGCACACCGUCAUAUCCACAUGGAUGUGCCUGUCAGAGAGAAUAUGGGCGGGCGCAACAUGGUGACGUGGAGGUCUGGAGAGAGGCGCAGUUGGAUAGGCAAUGUAGAGGCAACAGCUGAAAUGAACAGUGAGCGGUGUAGUGUGUGUAUGCCUCUGGAUCUAAUAUCACCUACCUGUCCUUGUCACUCUGAUAGUCAGCCGAGGUAGCCGCUGUUUUCCACCGAUGCUAUGGCAAACCUCAAUGGCCUAUUUUAAAGCAUUUUCCAGCUCAAACAGAAAGAGGGCUUUAUCUCAACCGCGAGAGGAACCGCGCCGCUGUGCGUCUUUUUGGAGAGCUGAGCACACUCUGCAGUCGGACUUUCCGUUUAUCCUUCCUGUAGGCUGUUAAAAGGUUGUUCGAUCUUUUACCGAUGAACUCUAUGAGGGAUCCAUUAAACAUAGAUCAUCACCACCUAACAGGGAAUAAACUUGCGUCCUCGCACCACACGGCUCUGGCGAUGGCCUCCGGUUUACAGCCGCUGCAACGGUCUGUGGACUCUAAACAUCGGUUAGAGGUGCACACUGUGUCGGACACAUCAAGUCCGGAGUCUGUCGAAAAAGAGAAGAUACAAAAUAAAAAUGACGACUCCUCAGAUGACCCUUCCAAAAAGAAGCGGCAGCGGCGGCAGAGGACUCACUUCACCAGCCAGCAGCUCCAGGAACUGGAGGCCACUUUCCAGAGGAAUCGCUAUCCGGACAUGAGCACAAGGGAGGAGAUAGCCGUGUGGACCAACCUCACAGAGGCCCGAGUCAGGGUCUGGUUCAAGAACCGACGAGCAAAGUGGAGGAAACGGGAAAGAAACCAGCAAGCCGAGCUGUGCAAAAACGGCUUCGGCCCGCAGUUCAAUGGACUCAUGCAGCCCUACGACGACAUGUACCCCAGCUACACGUACAACAACUGGGCCGCCAAGGGCCUCACGUCCGCCUCCUUGUCCACCAAAAGCUUCCCCUUCUUCAACUCCAUGAAUGUCAACCCUCUGUCCUCGCAGACCAUGUUCUCGCCGCCCAACUCCAUAUCCUCCAUGACUUCCAGCAUGGUGCCGUCGGCGGUCACCGGUGUGCCGGGAUCCAGCCUCAACAGCCUCAAUAACUUGAACAACCUCAGUAACCCGUCUCUCAACUCGGGGGUGCCCACGCCGACGUGUCCCUACGCGCCUCCGACCCCUCCGUAUGUGUACAGGGACACUUGUAACUCCAGCCUGGCCAGCCUGAGACUGAAAGCCAAACAGCACUCGAGUUUUGGAUACGCCAGUGUGCAGAAUCCGGCCACUAAUCUGAGCGCCUGCCAAUACGCCGUGGACAGACCAGUCUAAUACCUACCUGCACUGCAAAAAAUAACCACCAAUAACGAGAUAUUAGGGGCUGGUAGUGACGCUUAAAAUGAGGCUUUUCUCUCUGAAGGGAAAAUAAGGAAAUCCAGCUGUAAGAUCAGUUAAAAUCUUUGGUUAAGGAUAUUUUUAUUAUUUGGUCAUUUGGCAAUUUCUUGACACUAGUUGGGAUGUGAUAAAUACUUUUCCUACUUUUUCCUUCAAGCCACUGCUACAUGCACCACAAAAAAAUCCAACAAUAUACGAACACACAUGUGAGAUCCUCCCAUCGCAUCCAUACAUUUUCAUUUACUUUUAGGGGAGAAAUUGAAUUUUGAGGGUGAUUACAAAAACCAAAAGGCUUGUUAUGGUGGUCAUUUUUUGCAGUGUGUGUGUGUGUGUGUGGGUAAUCACAAAAAGCCGGCCACAGGAACAAGAGACUACUACAACUACUUUUUUUUUUUUUUUUCAUUUUUCAAAAAGGGCACUAGAAGACUGAACCACUGAAAUAAGUUCAACUCCAGGUCGGAGUCAAACUGAAACGGGAGAUUUUAAGUUUCUUCCCCCCUUUUGAUGAGCCCAGGCCUGUUUCAUUCUGCGCCUCAGCAACGACAACAACAACAAGAAGAAGAAAAGAGAAGAGGCCUGUUUCAUUUUUCAUCGCUCGUCUUGAGGGUUUUCUGGUGGAUUUUGGACGUUAACUGUUGACUGAAAAAAAGGUUGUAUAUAUAUAUUUGAAUUAUCAUCUCCUGUUUGUCGAGGCGAAUGCGCUAUAACCCUCCAGUCCUCUCCAGGUUCAACUUAUCAACGCAUGUGGAAAAAGAAAAUACCCUAAAAAAGGAAUCAUGUUUUGCUUGCAAACAAAAGGGAAUGUACAUACUCAAACGCACCAGUUGUGUGUUUCUAACAUAUUAUAAAUUUAUUAUUAAUGUCUGUGUGAAUAUCGAUUUAGAAUAGCAAUUCUGGAUUUAAAAAAAAAGACGCAUCAAAAAUGUUCCUGCGACAAAUUAUUUGGUUUCUUUUUUUUUUUUUUUUUUUUUUUGCUCUGUGUAUACUAUUUGGUACGGAAUUCUGUUUUUUUCCAACAUCCAAAAAAAAACCUAUUGUGUUUUAUUUAAUGGAAGUAAAUAUAUUGUUCAAAAACA